UUAUUUUAUAGGCAGGACAAAUGAAAUCCAUACAUACUGAGAUUCUCUUAUUUUACUCAAAUCACAUGGAAAUUGCGAUCUGGUUUCUUCACAUUUCAAUUUAAUUGUGAUUCUGCCUCUGAUGAUAAUUUUAUGGAGAAUGAAGCGAACAUUUUUGGAAGCAUGAAUAUCAAGGGAGAGAAUGAUGCAGACUUGGACCCGCAGCCGUGGCAAAGUGAUCCAGACUCCAACAAUUAUUUGCUGUUGAGUGAAGUGUCGAUUUCUGGAAGUAACGACAUCAAGAACGAGAUUGAUAUUGAAUUGGAACCGCUGUCGGAGGACGAUAACAGCCAAGAACUAGCGAUAGAGUGCAGCACUGCAUGCUCCCCAGAUGACGAUGAUUUCGACCAACAACAUUCAGACCCUGAAUUCAAUCAAAUAUUCUUCAGAGAAGCGCAUGUUGAGGAAGAGACGAGAUACCGUUCAGCAGAUUUGGACAGCAGCAAAGAAGCAGAGUUUUGGCCUUCUAACAGCAUCACGUCCGGCAAAGUCAACAUCAAAAAAGGUCAUUCGAUCCCUUCAGUGAAAAAUUGUAUUCUGCCAAAGGUUCCUAGCGAAAAGACUGAGCUCUACUGCUGUGCUCAUUGUAGCUAUAAAACUUCUCGAUUCGAUUACCUCAAGAAUCAUAUCAAUAAGCAUUUGAAACAAAACCGUUACAGCUGUGAGGUAUGUGGCUAUAAAUGUGCUUAUCUAUGUCAUUUUAGAAAACAUUAUAGAAGACAUACAAGAGAAACCCCCUACAGCUGUAAGUAUUGUAGCUAUAAAUGUUCAGAUUCAGGUCAUUUGAAAAAACACAUCAGAAUACAUACAGGCGAAAAGCCUUUCAUCUGCGACUUAUGUGACUAUAAAUGUGCUAAUCCAGCUAAUCUCAAAAGACACGUCAAAGCAAUACAUACAGAAACCUCGAACAGUUGUGAGCAUUGUGGUUUUAAAACGUCUCGGCUCCAAACUCUUGAAAACCAUAUUAUUAGAAAACAUCUAGAAAAGGUACCUCACGCCUGUGAGUUAUGUGACAGUAAAUUCGUUUUCUCAAGUCUUUUAAAAAUACAUAUGAUUGCACAUACAGGAGAACCCCGCUUCUGUUGUGAGUAUUGUGGUUUUCUAUGCUCAAAUUCAAAUCAAAUGAAAUUACACAUUAGAACACAUACCGGUGAAAAGCCUUUCAGCUGUGACUCAUGUGACUAUAAAUGUGCUAAUCCAAGUAAUUUGAAAAGACAUAUUAGAUCGCAUACAGGAGAAACCCCCUUCAUUUGUGAAUCUUGUGGUUAUAAAUUCUCAGAUUCGACUUAUUUGAAAAGACAUAUUCAAGCAAAACAUACAGAAGAUAAACCUUACAGCUGCCACGUAUGCGACUUUACAUGUGCUAGCUCAAGUAGCUUGAGAAGUCAUAUUAGAAGACACACAGGCGUUGGAAUGCAUAAAGAAAAAAUAACGGACCUUUCCAGAUGUAAGUUUUGUGGAUAUCAAUCCUCACGUUUAUAUGAUUUGAAAAGACAUAUCAGAACACAUACUGGAGAAACUUCCUUGAGCUGUGAUCAUUGUAACUAUAAAUGUGAUAAAAAAAGUAAUUUAGAAAGACAUAUUAGAAUACAUACCGGUGAAAAGCCUUACAUCUGUCAAUAUUGUGACUAUAAAUUCUCAGAUCGUAGUAAUUUUAAAAAUCAUCUCAGAAAACAUACCAGCGAAAAACCUUUCAGCUGUGAGUAUUGUGACUUUCAGUGUUCUACCUCCGGUACUUUGAAUUAUCACUUGAAAAAGCAUACAGGAGAAAAGCACGCCUGCCACUUAUGCGACUUUAAAAGUUCAAGCUCAAAUUAUUUAAAAAAACAUAUUAGUGCACACGCAAAACAAAAGAUUGUAGUUAUCAAUCCUCGGGGUCGAAGAAUUUCCAAGAGCAUAUAAGAACACAUGCAAAAGAAAAGUUUGUGUGUGAUUUGUGUGACUAUAAAAGUGCUAAUCCAAGUAGCUUGAAAAGACAUUCUAACACAUACUAGAGAAACGCCCUUCACUUGUCAACAUUGUAACUAUAAAUGCUCUGAUCGAAGUAAUUUAAUAAUGCAUAUUAGAACACUAACCGGGGAAAAACCUUACAGAUGUAAAUUUGAAACUGUAAAUAUACACUUUUAAAUGCUUUAAAAAAUCAUUUCAAAAAACAGACAUGAGAGACACCUAAUAACUAAAAAUGUUGUGCCAAUGAAUUUAAUAUACAGUUUACAACACAAGUUUUACUAGUAGUUCUGUGAACAGUAGACCUCACUCAGUUUUCUCAUCCACAAGUAUGGAUGAUUUUGUACAGUUUGGUGGCACCAUUGAAAAAACCAUUUAAGAACUAAAUAAAUACAACUUAGUUUCAAGAUUAAAUAAAAGAACACUAAAUAGAAGUUUUUCAAUAAAAAAAAUGUUUUACUGUACUUUACUUCUGUUUUUUAACCUGUCCACACCAUGUGACAAGUCACUGGUGUGGACAGUAAUCCAGUGUAUUUGUAAUGCAAAACUUAGUUAAACACAAAUUUAUGAAUAAUUUAAUAAAAUUAUAUAAAUGGAGAUAUUAAUAAAAUUGUAAAAUGAAUAUAGUAAUGUAAAACUUAUUAUAUUCAUUUGAAAAGACUUUAUGCAUAUUAUAAAAGUUAUUGUGAGUAUCCAAUUUGUUAGUCUUUUAGGUUGGCAUGCCUUGAAAAUAAGAUUUAAAUAUUCCAAAGCAACAAAAUCAGCUGUUGGUUCUUCCUGUAAAAGGAGGGAAACUGCCUUCUACUUCCUGUCGACUAGUGAAACUGAACUAUAGUAUACGAGUUUAUUGUGUUAAGUUUCAAGUUUGAAAACGUAAUACCGCCAAGCUUAAACCAUCACUUGUGUUACCAACAUUACACUUCAGGUAACUUUGAUAUAAUAUUUUUACCGUAGAUAUAGUAGAAACUUUAAAGAAGCCAAUAUAUCAUUGUCCCAACCUCAAAUUUAUGGUUGCCAUUCUUUCUUUAUCAUAAAAUCAUCACUUGUGUGGGCAUUUGUUGUCCACACAAGUGACCCAUGCCCACACCAGUCAUUUGAAGUACAUUAUACAUUUCUUCCAGUUAAUGAGACAUUGACACCAUGUUUUUAUGUAGUAUUAGCCAGUUACCGUACAACUUUUGUUGUGAAUUUCAAAACCUAAAAUUAUAAGUUUGAAUAUCAAUAUUGUACUCUACAUUUUGCAAUUUUCAUAGUUAUUCGUCAAAAUACCCAUUACUGCGUAUGUUUUUUUUUUUCAUAAAAUAACUUACAAAA